GAACGGGUGACAUGAAGUGAAGCUUUAAUCAGAAUAUGUACAAACAUCGGUUAAGCGCAGAAUGAGAGCACAUCCUACAUAAGACCAUAAGCUCGAAGGCUACAUUCUCGCACGUAUCCACCAUUCUCAAACCAGCAAUGAGCCCUAAGACGCGAAGCCACCAUAUAGUUAAACUCGCAAUUGCUAGCCUCACUUUCUUCGCAACUUCAUUGAUUAUCAUUUGGGUCAACGGAGGCAGGCGGUUUCCAUCGUUAACAUGGGUUAAACCCCUUCGACGAGAGUACACAUAUCGUGGAAAUGAUUACCCUCAAACCUGGCCGAUUCCUGAACUCGAACUUGUGCACAUGGCGCACGAGGACAGUGUCCACUAUUCCAUCGACACGCCUAUCGGGAUAGGGGAAUGGAAUGCAACUUUACCCAGUGGAGGUGUUCUUCUUCGUCUCGGGACGACCUUCGAACCAUUCACUCUUUCGAUGUUUCACCAGCUUCGAUGUCUUAACAUUGUUCGAGAGGUAAUCGUUGACCUCUACGCCGAUGAUACGCCCGACGCGAAGACUACCAAACCCGAACUAGCGAGACAUUGUAUGAAUUACAUCAGGCAGAUGGUGUUGUGUAGAGCGGACAUGAGGUUGGAGUCGGUUAGAGCGCCCAAGGGACACCAGAUGACGGUCUCAGACGUAACUCAUACCUGCAGGGAUUGGACAACGGUAUAUGAUGCUGCAGAGAGGAAUUAUAGGGAGUUCAUGGUUCAUGUAAAUAAUACGCGAUAGGCGACAGAGUGCGCAGUCUUGCCAAGACUUCUCUACGAACG